CUCAACUCUAAUGUUGUUUGUCCAAGUGGUGUUGCCAUACUUAGCUGUCCAAGAUGGUGGACCUGCUCACGCAUGCGUGAUGCAAAUCGGCAGUGACACAAGCGAUUCCUAUAGGACUGAAUGGGCGCCAUUUUUAGUCCGGUAUCCAGCUCCUAUCCCGGGAUUCCACGGGGUGCGUGUGCACCACGUUCCAGCUCCGACACGGUUUUGAUCCGUCCUCUGCACAGCUCCCUACUCCACCAGAGGCGUGGAGUAAUUUAGUAAUUUAGUAAUUUCAGUAAUUACAGCAGCCUAGUCAAAGCCGAUAAAGUCCCUUAAAGGUCCAGUGUGUAAUAUGUGUGGUAUUUAGCGGCCUCUAACAGUGAGGUUCUAGAUUGAAGCACUCUGCCGCUCAUCCCUCCCCUCCCUAAGACUUUAGAGAGGUUCCAGAAGCUACGGUGGCCUUCAAGGACGAGAAGCUAUUUGCUGAAGAUGUCAUCGUCCAUGACAACUUCGAGCAUUUCUAACAAGUCAAGUGAUGAGAGUCAAGUACCGGAGGUUAGAGGAGGAGGAAGAGGGCGAGAAAGAGGGCGAGUUAGCGGUUCUGCUGCAGGCAGGGCCAGGCAAGGGAGGAGAGCAAACACCAGCACCGCGGAAGCAGGGGAGGAGGCUGGAAACCCUCUGAAGGGACCGAAGCGACUGAGGUGUGUGAUGUGCCAGCUCACCUCCAUGAUCACAUCUACUGGAGCAGAGAGCCCAGCAGGAGCCAGACGAGCACCAACACCAACAAGCCAGAGAGACAGCCCGCUGUCCAUGCAUCCAGGCGUCGUGAUGCCCAUCAUGGCUAUGUAUUUGAGCCUCCUCAUGCUGGCUGUGAAUGUGUUUGGCCAGGACCUUCCGUCAGGCCCUCAUGGCUGCACAGAGGGGAGCUGUUACCCAGCGACAGGAAACCUUCUGAUUGGACGAGCUAUUAACCUAACCACCACCUCCACUUGCGGCCUGGACGGUCCAGAGCACUACUGCAUUGUCAGCCAUCUGCAGGAGUCAGACAAGUGUUUCGAGUGUAACUCUCGGCACCGCUACGACCCGUACCACCACAAAAACAGCCACCGCAUCGAAAACGUGAUCUACCUCAUGGACAGCAAUGACAGGGACCAAACCUGGUGGCAGUCUGUCAACGGAGAGGAGAAUGUCAGUAUCAGACUGAACCUGGAGGCUGAAUUCCACUUCACACAUCUCAUCAUGAAGUUCAAGACAUUCCGACCUGCAGCUAUGAUCAUCGAGCGUUCAGCUGAUUUUGGACGCACAUGGCGCCCCUACCGCUACUUUGCCUCAAACUGUACCAGGACCUUCCCCAGCAUCCCUGCCAACAGCCUGCACCACAUCAAUGACAUAAUCUGCGAGGAACGCUACUCCGAUAUUGAACCCUCCACUAAUGGAGAGGUCAUUUAUAAAGUUUUGGAUCCUGCCAUUCAUGUGAAAGACCCCUACAGCUUGGACAUUCAAGAACUUCUGCGCAUCACCAACCUGCGUAUCAACUUCACAAAGCUUAACACUCUGGGAGACGACCUGCUGGACCGACGCUCUGAUGUCCUCCAGAAAUAUUACUAUGCCAUCUAUGAACUGGUGGUAAGAGGGAGCUGUUUCUGUUAUGGACACGCCUCAGAGUGCACCCCAGUGCCAGGGGUUGACACACGAGAAAACGGCAUGAUCCAUGGUCGAUGUGUAUGCAAACACAAUACAGAGGGCCUGAACUGCGAGCGCUGCCAACAUUUCCACAACGACCUGCCAUGGAGACCAGCUGAGGUGGAGAACCCUCACACAUGCAGAGAGUGUAACUGUAAUGGCCACUCAAACCAGUGCCACUUUGACAUGGCGGUGUAUUUGGCCACGGGAAACGUCAGCGGAGGAGUGUGUGAUGAGUGUCAGCACAACACCAUGGGACGCAACUGUGAAAUGUGCAAACCUUUCUACUACAAAGAGCCCAACAGGGACAUCAGGGACCCACGGGUUUGUGUUGCCUGCGACUGUGACCCGGUGGGAUCAUUGGAGGGAGGAGUGUGUGACAGCCACACUGACGUAGACAUAGGGAUGAUAGCUGGACAGUGUCGCUGCAAAGCCCACGUCAAGGGCAUGCGCUGCGACGACUGCAAGGAGGGUUACUAUGGACUCAGCCAGAAUGACCCGCUUGGUUGUCAGCCCUGCAACUGCGACCCUCGUGGCAUUAUUAUGAUGGGAGCCCCAUGUGACCAGAUCAGUGGGGACUGCUCCUGCAAAAGAUAUGUCACCGGUCGCUACUGCAACCAGUGUCUGCCCGAAUACUGGGGACUCAGUAACGACCUGGCUGGCUGCAGACCAUGUGACUGUGACUUUGGCGGAGCCGUCAACAAUAGGUGCAUGAUGGAGAAUGGACAAUGUGACUGCAGGAGACAUCUGAUUGGUCGACAGUGUUCGGAGGUGCAGCCUGGGUAUUUUUGUGCUCCACUUGACUACUACAAAUAUGAAGCAGAAGAUGCCGCUGGACAGUCCCCUGGUGACUCUGCACUGCCGGGUAAAGUUCGGCCUCAGGCAGAGACUGACUGUGUUCAGCACCUUAGCAACCAGCUGAGGAGGCACCGACGUCACCGUCGCAUCACCAACUCACAGCAACAUCGGGCAGCACUGAGACGUAUCCGCCAGCUUCAACAAACACCGGAUGUGAAAACCGUUCAUAGAGAGCACACUCCCAGCCACAUGGUGACAUGGACAGGUCCUGGUUUUGCCCGUGUCAAAGAUGGUGCUGGCCUGGUGUUCACUUUUGAAAACAUCCCCUACGCCAUGGAGUAUGACAUCAUGAUCCGCUACGAACCUGAGUCCACAGAGGACUGGGAAGCCAUAGUUAGUAUUACUUCUGUACUGCUGCCUUCCAGUCUCCGGUGUGGAAACCUUCUACCAACUGAACAGCUCUACACAGUAACCUUGCCGCACCGCAACAGAUACAUCCAGAUGCCCAGGCCGUUCUGUUUUGAGCCAAGUAAUCGUUACAUGGUUGCAAUCAGGUUCCAGCGCCACGGGGUCUCACACAGACAUCUCACUGCCUUCAUUCUCAUCGACUCGCUUGUUCUGAUCCCCAAAUACACUGAGCUCCCGGGUUUCCAAGGUUAUGAGCCAGAGGCAGAGCAUCGUCGCAAUGAGAUGAUUCGCUACAUGUGUCUGGAUUCCUUUAUGAUCACGCCGAUGCCCGCCCUGGCUGAGAUGUGCUCCAAACUCAUCUGUAGCAUUUCAGCCAUCAUUCACGACGGUGCUCUGGCCUGCCAGUGCGACCCCCAGGGCUCCCUCAGUGGUGAGUGUGAUAAGGUUGGAGGUCAGUGCCGUUGUAAACCCAACGUGAUGGGUCGACGCUGUGACCAGUGUGCCCCUGGAACCUAUGGCUUUGGAGUUAGUGGCUGUACUGCCUGUGAGUGCCAUUCGGAGGGUUCAUUGAGCCACCAGUGUGAUCCAGUUACAGGUCAGUGCCAUUGCAGGCCAGGGGCCAGGGGGCGUCAGUGCUCCGACUGCCAACCAGACCAGUGGGGCUUCCCCAGCUGUAGCCCCUGUCAGUGUAAUGGCCAUGCAGAGAGCUGUGACCCCCGAACUGGGGAGUGUAGAGACUGCAGGGACUACACAGCAGGACACCUUUGUGAACAUUGUCUGAAUGGAUUCUUUGGAAACCCAGUGCUUGGCUCAGGGGAACACUGUCGGCCCUGCCCCUGCCCUGGUAACCCUGGCUCAGAUCAUUUUAAUGGACACUCCUGCCAAGCAGACCACAGCUCUAACCAGAUCAUCUGUAACUGCAAACAAGGCUACACUGGGCCACGCUGUGACCUCUGCGCCCCUGGUUACUAUGGUAACCCAGAGCAACCCGGUGGGCAGUGCUUCCCGUGUGAGUGCAGUGGCAACAUCGACACCCAGGACCCUGGGUCAUGUGACUCCAGGACAGGCCAAUGCCUCAAGUGCCUGUACCACACCGAUGGCCCGUCCUGUGCCCACUGUCAACUUGGUUACUAUGGCAAUGCUUUGGCCCACGACUGCAGACGUUGUACCUGUGUGGCUGCUGGCACCAUCCAGUCUGCUUGUAGUGAUGGCCAGUGUCACUGUGACCGGCAGACUGGAGCCUGCUCAUGCAGGGAGAACGUGGCCGGUCAUAACUGUGACGAGUGUGCUUCCAACCAUUGGAACUUUGGUCAGGCCCGAGGCUGUGAGCCCUGUGGCUGCGAACCACAACACGCCCUAGGAAGUCACUGCAACAUGUUCACAGGCCAGUGUCAUUGUCGUUCAGGCUUUGGGGGUAAACAGUGCACUGAGUGUGAGCAGUUCCACUGGGGAGACCCACGGGUGCAGUGUCAAGAGUGUAAUUGUCAUCCGCUGGGCUCAGAGAUCGCCCAGUGCGACCGGAUAACAGGGGUGUGCGAGUGCAGGAAGGGAGCAGCGGGGAAGCGCUGUGACGAAUGCGCUCGUGGCUUCACCGGCGUCUUCCCCAAGUGUGUCCAGUGUCACCCGUGCUUCCAGCUGUGGGACGAUGCUCUGUGCCAGCUCAAAAGGGACCUAGAGCACAUUCAGUACACCGUGCAGAAGAUCCUGGAGAGUGGGGUCAUGCCGGGAGUUGGGGACACACGUAUCAAAGAGCUGGAGAGGAAGCUGAAGCAGGUGCAGGAUCUGAUCAGUGCGGAGGACAGCGACAGAAUCCACCAGCUGAUUGGACAGAGCAUUGAUGACCUCAGGGCUGAGAUUGCCCUGACCGAUGGGCGUCUGAUGAGCGUCACCCGAGAGCUAAAUACAACAGCAGAAGAAGAGGGGGCACUGAGACGCACAUUGAGUGACAUGGAGAGAGAGCUGAGAGACAUCAACAUCACUGUGGCUCACAAAAAACAGCAGCUGGAUGACUACCUCACUUCAGGAUUUACAGAUCAGUUUAAGAAAGUGAAGAAGUACUAUCGGAUGUCAGUGGAGGCUGAGGAGAAAUGCAACACGUCAGUGUCCGGUCCUCUCAGCCCUGUGGAACAGUCCAAAGAAACCCGUGCAAAAACUAAAGAAGAGCUGGAUACCAGGAAAGACAGGUUCCUUCGUGCCAUGGCUGCUCACAACAAAUCAUUAGAUGAGCUGCAGCAGAAAGCCCAUGGCCUGGGCAAGACAGUCCAUCACCUCAGUAACAAGGUAUGUGGUGGUCAUAGCAAUGCCACUGCCAAUGGCAGUUGCUCAGACAGCCAAUGUGGUGGUGCUGGUUGCCGUGACAUUGAGGGCAACCGUGUGUGUGGAGGAGAAGGAUGUAACGGGACAGUGAGCACUUCUUUGGCAGCACUGAAUCACGCCAGCAAUGUCACUGACAGUCUGAACGCUGCCAAUGAGGAGAUGCAGGGUGUGGCGAGAAAGCUCCAGGAUAUAGCCACUCUGACACAGGAUGUGAAGAAUCAGGCUAUGAACAUGCUGAAGAAAGCCCAGAAGAAGAAAGACCACUUUGAAAACUCCAACAAGAUGCUCAAAGAGUUCAUUAAGAAGAUAAGAGACUUCCUCACUGAGGAGGGAGCAGAUCCAGAGAGCAUAGAGAAGGUGGCUCUGCAAGUCUUGUCGAUCACACUGCCAGUCAACAGGACCACGCUGGACAAAAUGAUCAUGCAGAUAAAAGAUAGCCUUUCCAACCUCACCAACAUCGAGGGGAUCAUCAACCAAACCUCGCAGCACAUCAGCAAAGCCAAGGAGCUGCUUGAAAAAGCUAAAGAUGCCAAGAGCCGAGCAGAGGGAGUGAAGGAUACAGCCAAUAAUACCAAGCAGGCGUUGGAUGAGUCAGAGAAAGCCAUAGAGAAAGCAAGAACAGCCCUGAAGGAAGCCCUCAACAACCUGAACAGCACUAGGAACGCUACUGCUGAGGUGGAUGAGAGGCUGACGCAACUGGAAGAUAAGCAAAUGGAGUUCAUGAUGCGUUUAAACAACCUCUCUGCCGGCGUGGAAGCUCUGAAGAACAAGACGGAACAGAACAGGGAGAUGGCGAAGGACGCCAAAGCACUGGCUAACAACGCCACAAACCUAGCGUCUUCAGUGGAGCAUAGCCUCAACGACACAGAGAAACGGUACCGUGAGCUGCAGAGGAAGGUGGACUCUCUUGGCGGGGAGUCUGGAGGCCUGAACAGCAUCAAUGAGAAGGCCAAGAAAAUCAAGAAGGAGGCAGAAGACCUCCUCAAUGAAGCCAACAAGGGGAUGGAGAAACUCAUGGAACUGGAGAAAAACUUCAGGAGAAACGAGAAGCGGAUGCAGAGGCAGCGCAUGGAGCUGGAGGAGUUAAAGGAAAAUGCUACUGUGGUGCGGGACAACAUCCGGGAUCAAGUGCAGAAGUACAGUAACUGUGUGUGAGGAGGUCACAGUUCCCUGUUUACCGUAUGCUGCUGUAGUCCAGAGCAGAGUCAUGACUGAUGCUGGGACAGAAAAAUUACAUCACCCAUGAAAAUAAGACACUGCUCUGGUCAUUGGUAUUUCAAGUUUUACACAUUACCUGUCGAGUGUUAUAUCACAGAAGUGCCUUCCUCUAUCAGUGUACUGUACCACUUUUUGACUCCUGGAUAUCAACACUAUCCUGUGUGGUGUUUAUGUCUUUAAGCUAUUAAAACAAGUGGAUGACCAGUGGAGAGUAUUGUUUUAUUGUAUAGGCCAUGAUAAUUGAUUUCAUAAAUAAUACAUGUAUCAUAAAUGUGUUAUUUUGACCAAAAGUGAUUUUAAGAUUUUGUGUUUUUACUGUAAUUUGUAAUUUGACCACAUUAGUAUGCUACUGACAUUCCUAUUAAGAGAGUAACGUGAACUGAUUUUUGAAAUCCAAUUUUGUGUUUAUUUUUUAUUACAAAAGACGCUCUUGAUUAAAUACAUAUGAAUGCAUACACAAAUAUUCUUAUAAGCAAAAUUUAUUCUGAGAUGUGAUGAUGGAGAAAAAUAAAUUUGAUUUAUGUAAA